AUGGCUUCAAAGAUGUUCUCGACUCUACCUGCCCAGGAUGACCAGUCAGUCACGGGAGGUCGUCUGGCCUCCGACUCCUCUUUCUACCUGGUGCAGUCUUUCCUGGGUCAAGGCACCUUUGGCAAAGUUGUAAAAUGCCUGAGGAUGACUGACAUGAAGACCGUGGCCAUCAAAAUGAUAAAGAUACACGGCUCUAAUGUCAAGCAGACAAACGAGGAGGUGGAUGUCCUUUUGAAACUCAAAUCGCUGGACUCGGACAAAUGCAACCUUGUUCGAUGGUACCAGGUUUUCACAGACACAGGACAUGUUUGCCUAGAAUUUGAGCACCUGGACAAAAGUCUUUCUGACUUCAUGAAGGAAAGAGGUUUCAAGCCUCUUCUUCUGAAGCAGAUCAGACCUAUUAUCCUGCAGCUCGCCAAUGCACUCGAUCACUUGAAGGCUUCUGGGAUAAUACAUGCAGACCUCAAGCUGGAAAAUGUGAUGUUGGUCGACCAUCUACAGGCGCCCUACAGAGUCAAAGUGAUUGACUUCGGCCUAGCCUGUGAUGUGUCAGCUGCCAAGCUGGGCUCAUACAUUCAGACCCGUCCAUACCGGUCUCCAGAGAUUAUUUUGGGGCUUCCAUUCACAGAGGCCAUAGAUAUGUGGUCUCUGGGCUGCAUGGCUGCUACCCUGUACCUUGGCACUCUACUCUACCCCGGAAUGAGUCAAUAUGAUAUGGUACUACUUGAAGUUUGCUCUUGA